ACAUUUUUUUCUCAUCACUGUAUGUAUGUGCUCUUUCUAAAGCUGCCCACUGUUUUUAACAUCUUCAUUCUGUUCAUCUGUCAAAGCUUUCUGCCACCGACUGACCAGCGGAGAACAAUGUCCGUCCCGGGCCUCAGUCCUCAGCAGAGGUGGGGAUCAGACCUGUUUUAUACCGAGACGAUGAAGAACCGCUCAGAGGUCUUCACAGCUGAGAGCCAGCGUAUGAUUCUUGAAAAUGUAACAGCAUGCAAACGCCUGCAUCAAGAUGCCAACAAGCGACUUGAUCAGCGAGUCAAAGACAUCCAGUUUCUGAAGAAAGAAUUGGAGCAGAAGCUGGAGGAGAUUAUUGUGGAGAUUGAUGCCCUCAUAGCUCUCAAGAGCAGAGUUGUGAAGGCCUUGGAUGCCUGUAAAGACCCUCUGAGUGUCACAGGUCUCUGUCAGGACGAGAGAAGGAAAUGUGUCCCUGCCGAGAGGCUGCAGGAUGAGGUGGACAGAGAGCUGCUGAAGGAGACGGAGACCUUUGAACGAGUUAUUUCACUUCUGCAGCAUGUAGAUGAGCAGAUCACUGAGCAGAUACGACUGAACCGAUCAUCCAAAUAUCACCUGGAGAAAGACCUGAAGGGAAAGUUUGAGGCUCAAACCAUUGAUACCACCUGCACCCAGAUGGCCAUCCAUUCCAUCAAUGACCCGCAGAAAUACAAAGACAGCAUGCUUGUUCCACCAAGCAGGGCAGUUACUCCAGACCAGUGGGAACAUUUCUCAGGCAUCAACAUCACUGAGGCAGCUCAGCAGAGAGCAAACUGUCUGUCAUUACGAGCUCUGGUGGAGUCUGUCCUGGAGCAGACGGCUAAUGACAUGCAGAAGCAGGUCCAGGCCACAAACACAGCUUUUGAACUGAAUAUCGCAACCAUCAAGAUGACCAAAAGCAAGCUGGAGGAUCAGCUGAACAAGAUUCUGGAUGAGUGUGUGAGCCAGCAGAGGAAUCAGGAAGACCUCCAAGUGGCAAUUGCAGAGAAUGAAAAUUUUCUGAAUGUAGCCAAAGCCCAGCUGGCUUUGCGUGGCCAGAGGCCUGCCAAGGAGCAAUGCCAUGAUCCAGCACAAUCCCAGCUCCUUGCAGAUGUCCAGCAGCUCACUGCUCAAAUCUCCAGAAUGACUGAGGCAGUGGAUCAAUCAGAAGAAGAGCAGAGGAAUCUGGUUCGCUGCCAGCUGAACCUGCAGGAAAGCACUGAGGCCGAGACGCUCAACCUCUACAUUGAUGAGGUCAUCUGCACUCAGCUAAGGAAGCCCAUUGUGAUACAGAAAUUCUGAUUAUUCAGAAACCAGAAAUGUUCUGCAUUUACAGUUUAAGAAUGUUUUGCCCCCUUGUUUUCUUUUUUGAAAGUUUUUCCACGCUUAAU